GUCCCUGAGGGCGGGAUGGGCUGUCUCUGAGCAGAUUGGGCAAUCGUGAGAGAAAAGAUGUUCGAUGCUAGAGCGUGCACGGUUUUCACUGAGAAAUGGUUCAGUGUCAGCUUCAACUGGAAGGUUACCUGGCCGAGGUAUCGGGCGGCGGGGCUGGGGGCUGGGAGGUAGAGUUGGGUGGGAGGAAAUUACCUUGAGCUCGGCGUGCGAGAUACCUCGGGCCAUGUCCUUCCUUUGCUCAGAAGCCUGAAGUGGCUCCGCUCGUGCCUCCGGAUAAAGCCUUCAAACAGUGGCCGAGCUGCAGAACUCCUUGCCAAAGAACAGGGAACAGUGCCUGGAUUUAUUGGUUUUGGAACAUCUCAGAGUGACCUAGGCUAUGUUCCUGCUAUUCAAGGAGCUGAAGAAAUAGACAGUCUUGUAGAUUCUGAUUUCCGAAUGGUGCUUCGGAAACUUUCUAAGAAAGACGUCACAACAAAAUUAAAAGCCAUGCAGGAAUUUGGAACCAUGUGUACAGAGAGAGAGACAGAAAUUGUAAAAGGAGUUCUUCCAUAUUGGCCAAGAAUUUUCUGUAAAAUUUCACUUGAUCAUGACCGCCGGGUUCGAGAAGCCACACAGCAAGCUUUUGAAAAACUUAUCCUAAAAGUAAAGAAACACUUGGCUCCCUACUUAAAAAGUGUAAUGGGAUAUUGGUUAAUGGCUCAGUGUGAUACAUAUACACCAGCCGCAUGUGCAGCAAAAGACGCAUUUGAAGCAGCUUUCCCUCCAAGCAAGCAGCCUGAAGCCAUAGCAUUUUGUAAGGAUGAAAUUACCAUUGUGCUGCAAGACCAUCUUCUAAAAGAAACACCUGAUACACUCAGUGACCCACAAACUGUUCCAGAGGAAGAAAGAGAAGCUAAAUUCUAUCGAGUUGUAACUUGUUCUUUAUUGGCAUUAAAGAAAUUGCUUUGCCUGUUACCUGAUAAUGAGCUUGAUUCUCUGGAGGAAAAAUUUAAGUCUCUUUUAUCACAGAAUAAAUUUUGGAAAUAUGGAAAACACAAUGUACCACAGAUCCGCUCAGCAUAUUUUGAGUUAGUGUCUGCUUUGUGCCAACGCAUUCCACAUUUAAUGAAAGAUGAAGCUUCCAAAGUGAGCCCAUCUGUUCUACUUAGCAUUGAUGACAGUGACCCAGUUGUUUGUCCAGCACUCUGGGAGGCUGUACUCUAUACACUUACAACUGUUGAGGACUGUUGGCUUCAUGUAAAUGCAAAAAAAAGUGUGUUUCCAAAGUUGUCGACUGUGGUUCGUGAUGGUGGUCGGGGCCUAGCUACAGUCAUAUAUCCGUAUCUUCUGCCAUUUAUCAGCAAAUUGCCUCAGUCCAUUACAGAUCCAAAGUUGGAUUUCUUCAAAAAUUUCCUCACCUCUCUAGUAGCAGGGCUGGCAACAGAGAGAAUUAGAACCAGCUUUUCAGAGUGCUCAGCAGUAGUGUCUGCUUUUUUUGAAUGCUUACGUUUUAUAAUGCAACAAAACUUAGGCGAGGAAGAGAUUGAACAGAUGCUCAUCAAUGAUCAGUUGAUCCCUUUUAUUGAUACAGUUCUCAAAGAUCCAGGAUUGCAACAUGGUCAAUUAUUUAACCAUUUAGCAGAAACUUUAAGUUCCUGGGAAGCUAAAGCAGACAUAGAAAAAGAUGAUAAAAUGGUGCAAAACUUGGAGAAUGUACUGUUCAAUUUCUGGGAAAAACUAUCAGAGAUCUGUGUCGAGAAAAUCAAUGAGCCAGAGGCUGAUGUUAAAUCUGUUUUGGGUGUAUCUAACCUGUUAGAGGUCCUUCAGAAGCCAAAGAGCUCCUUGAAAUCAAAUAAAAAAAAAAAUGGUAAGGUUAGAUUUGCUGAUCAGACAUCUGAAGGUAAUAAAGAGAUUGAAAAAUAUGUAUCUUCAGAAGGAGAGAACAGUGAAGCCUCUGAAUUACCAACUGAAUCUGAAUCUUUUCUCACUAAUAAUUCUUCAGACAUUAUGUCUCCUCUAAGGAAAAAACCUUUGGAAGACUUGGUCUGUAAACUUGCAGAGAUGAGUAUUAAUUAUGUUAAUGAACAAAAGUCAGAGCAACAUUUAAGGUUUCUGUCUACUCUUCUUGACUCCUUCUCUUCAAGCCAAGUAUUUAAAAUGCUCCUUGGUGAUGAAAAAGAGAGUAUUGUCAAAGGCAAACCUCUUGAAAUAACCAAACUUGCACAAAAAAAUCCUGCAGUGCAAUUUUUAUAUCAUAAACUAAUAGGUUGGCUAAAUGAAGAUCAAAGGAAAGAUGCUGGUUUCCUGGUGGACAUUUUGUAUAGUGCCCUCUGUUGCUGUGAAAGUGACGUAGAAAGAAAAGAUGUCUUGGAUGAUCUAACCAAGGAGGACCUGGAAUGGAAUUCUCUUCAUCAGGUUAUUCAAAAGGCAUGUUCUAGUUCAGAUAAACAUGCUUUAGUAACUUCUUGGCUAAAAGGCAAUAUCCUUGGAGAGAAACUGGUUGCCUUGGCAGAUGGUCUUUGUAAUAAGAAAUUGGAACCCACCUUGUCUUCAGAUUCUCACUUCUCGGAAGAAUGGACUCUUCUAAGCUUGGUAUUAUCCCAACAUGUUAAAAAUGAUUACUUGAUUGGAGAAGUAUAUGUUGGAAGAAUUAUUGAUAAACUUCAUGAAACUCUAUACAAAACAAAGACAUUGUCAGAAGCUGAAAAUAGUGAUUCAUCAGUGUCUUUUAUCUGUGAUGUGGCGUAUAACUAUUUCAGCUCAGCAAAAGGAUGCUUGCUAAUGCCAUCAUCUGAAGAUUUAUUAUUAACUCUCUUUCAGUUAUGUGCUCAGAGCAAAGAAAAAACACAUUUGCCAGAUUUUCUAAUCUGUAAACUGAAAAAUACUUGGCUCUCUGGUGUAAAUUUGUUGGUUCAUCAAACUGGCAGUACACAUAAACAGAGUACCUUCCUACAUUCGUCUGCUCUGUGGCUGAAGACACAAGCUCAGUCUUCAUCUUUGGAUAACACAAGUCUGCAGGUCCUCUUGUCUGCUGUUGAUGAUUUGUUAAAUACACUUCUAGAGAGUGAAGGUACUUAUCUUUUGGGAGUUUAUAUUGGAAGUGUAAUGCCAAACAACAGUGAGUGGGAAGAGAUGAGACAGUCUCUUCCUAUUCAGUGGUUAUACAGACCGCUUUUAGAGGGAAGACUGAGUUUAAAUUAUGAGUGUUUUAAAACAGAUUUUAAGGAACAAGAUACAAAAACACUUCCCAGCCAUUUGUGUACUUCAGCAUUAUUAAGCAAGAUGAUCUUUGUUGCACUAAAGAAGAAAAUAGUCCUAGAAAAUAAUGUGCUUGAGAAAAUAAUUGCAGAACUGCUCUAUUCACUUCAGUGGUGUGAAGAGCUAGACAAUCCACCUAUUUUUGUGACUGGAUUUUGUAAAAUGCUUCAAAAAAUGGACAUUACAUUUGAUAACUUUCGUGUGCUUGGUAAUAUUGCUGGCCUUCUACAGCUUCUGUUUAAUAGAUCCAGGGAAAAUGGCACACUCUGGUCUCUCAUUAUUGCUAAAUUGAUCCUUUCCCGAAGUAUUUCAUCUGAUGAAGUAAAGCCACAUUAUAAAAGAAAAGAAAGUUUCUUUCCACUAACAGAAGGCAAUUUGCAUACCAUUCAAAGUCUCUGUCCAUUUUUGUCAAAAGAAGAAAAGAAAGAAUUCAGUGCUCAAUGUAUACCUGCUCUUUUGGGUUGGACUAAGGAGGACCUUUGCAGUACUGAUGGAGGUUUUGGACAUCUUGCCAUUUUUAAUUCUUGUCUGCAAACCAGAAGCAUAGAUGAUGGAGAGCUGUUACAUGGUAUAUUAAAAAUUAUAAUAUCUUGGAAGAAAGAACAUGAAGAUAUUUUUCUUUUUAGUUGUAAUUUAUCAGAAGCAAGUCCAGAGGUACUGGGUGUAAAUAUAGAAAUAAUCCGGUUCCUUUCCUUAUUUCUGAAGUAUUGCUCAUCUCCUUUGGCACAGAGUGAAUGGGACUUCAUCAUGUGUUCCAUGUUGGCUUGGUUGGAGACAACAAAUGAGAAUCAGGCAUUGUGUUCUGUUCCACUCAUACAACUGUUUGCCUGUGUCAGCUGUGAUUUGGCCUGUGAUCUCAGUGCUUUUUUUGAUUCAACAACUCUGGAUACCAUUGGCAAUCUUCCUGUAAAUCUAAUCAGUGAAUGGAAAGAAUUUUUUUCCCAAGGCAUCCACAGUUUGCUUUUGCCUCUUUUGGUGACUGCUACAGGAGAAGACAAAGAUCUGUCUGAAACAUCCUUUAAGAAUGCAAUGCUGAAGCCCAUGUGUGAAACAUUAACAUACAUCUCGAAGGAUCAGCUGUUGAGUCAGAAACUUCCUGUAAAAUUGGUUGCUGGCCAAAAAACAAAUUUGCCAGAACAUCUCCAGACUUUGUUAAAUACAUUGGCCCCAUUACUCCUCUUCAGAGCUAGGCCUGUGCAAAUUGCUGUUUAUCAUAUGCUCUUCAAAUUAAUGCCUGAAUUACCACAGUACGAUCAGGAUAAUCUAAAGUCAUAUGGAGAUGAAGAAGAAGAACCAGCCUUGUCACCACCAGCAGUAUUGAUGUCUCUUCUCAGUACUCAAGAAGACUUGCUGGAAAACGUUCUAGGGUGUGUUCCUGUUGGGCAAAUAGUUACUAUUAAGCCACUAAGUGAAGACUUCUGUUAUGUUCUGGGGUACCUCCUCACUUGGAAAUUAAUACUAACUUUCUUCAAAGCUGCUUCAUCUCAGCUUCGGGCUCUGUAUUCAAUGUACCUUCGGAAAACAAAGAGUUUGAAUAAAUUACUCUAUCACCUCUUCAGGCUUAUGCCAGAAAAUCCAACCUAUGGAGAGGCAGCUAUUGAGGUUUCAAAUAAGGACCCUAAAACUUUCUUUACUGAGGAGCUCCAGCUGAGUAUUAGAGAAACUACAACUCUUCCAUACCAUAUUCCACACUUGGCUUGUUCAGUCUAUCAUAUGACUUUAAAAGAUUUGCCUGCCAUGGUUAGGCUGUGGUGGAAUAGCAGUGAGAAGCGUGUUUUUAAUAUUGUAGAUAGAUUUACAAGCAAGUAUGUCAGCAAUGUUCUUUCUUUUCAAGAAAUAUCUUCUGUGCAAACAAGUACACAGCUAUUUAAUGGCAUGACGGUUAAAGCUCGAGCUACUACUCGAGAAGUAAUGGCUACUUACACUAUUGAGGACAUAGUCAUUGAACUUAUAAUACAACUGCCUUCAAAUUAUCCAUUGGGUUCAAUAACAGUGGAAAGUGGGAAACGAGUUGGAGUGGCUGUUCAGCAGUGGCGGAACUGGAUGCUGCAGCUCAGCACUUAUCUCACCCAUCAGAAUGGAAGUAUUAUGGAAGGCUUAGCAUUAUGGAAAAAUAACGUAGAUAAACGUUUUGAGGGUGUUGAAGAUUGCAUGAUCUGUUUCUCAGUCAUUCAUGGUUUCAACUAUUCUCUUCCCAAAAAAGCCUGUAGAACAUGCAAGAAAAAGUUCCAUUCAGCCUGUUUGUACAAAUGGUUUACAUCUAGCAACAAGUCCACCUGUCCACUCUGUCGUGAGACCUUUUUCUGAGAUUUUUUUCCAUUGGAAGUGAUCCCUGAAGUAAAUUAAGCAAAGGCAUUGGAUUUGGAUCCAACUUAAGGUGUUGAUGUGAGAAAGCCAGUCAGCAUUACUUUUAAAUAGGACCUUCUCUGGAAAAUUAUUUUGGUUAAUGUGAUAAUCUUAAAAUCAGGUUUACCUAUCUUUAGAUUGCUUUGUAAAUGUUUGGAAACUUUUUCUUUUACAAAAGAAUAUUACAUAUUUGAGAGAAAAUAUUUAUAUUAAUGGUUUAAUCUCUUUGUAUAUUUAAAAAUGAAUACAAAAGCCCUAAAUUAUAGAAUUAAAAUUUGUGAAAACAUUGUACAACUAUAUUAUAACUUAUAAACCCAUUCGGUUUGUUGGUCUGUGUUCUAGAAUAGUCCAAGAGUCAGCCAAAAUGAAUUGAGAGAGUUGAUUUAAGACUUAUUUAUUAGUUAUGACAGCAAAUUUAGUAGUGUUUUGAUUUUUUAGAUUAUUUUAAUGAUAAAAAUUAACUGUAAGCUAUUAAUAUGGCUUAUCUUAAGCUAUUUGAAGCAUGCUAUGAAAUCCUAUAUAAAAGAAUGUAAACUGAACUUUAAGGUGCCUCCGUUUAUCAAGGGUUACGAAAUUCAGAAAAUUAAAUUCAUGACACUGACCUUUUGCUUGUGGAAGAAUUAUUUCCAUGUAUUAAGUGAAAUUUGAAUAGUAAAUUUGUCAGUGAAUUUAUUACUCAUUUUGAGUGUAUCUUCAGAGAGUGGGAAUUAGAGAGAAAAGGUAAUUUGAUUAUUUCAUUUGUGAAGCAAAAUGGAAGUUAUCCCUCUAUUGAGAGGGAAGAAAUACAUAUAAUUGGAACUUUAAGAUUGAUGGAAAAACCAACAUUUAAAAAUGUUUUAGGAGGCUUUCAAUUUUGUAAGCAAAUUUUGCUAUUCUAACUAGCCAAAGUUACACUAAAUAAGGGAUUUAGGGAAGCUAAUUUUUUUUUUCAGCAUCCAGAAAUGAAAAUUACGGAUUUUAGUACUAAAUAAAAUUAAGUAUAAUAGGCUGAAGUAUAUGUGUAGGUAAAAACCUGCCUUUUGCCACAGCACUAUUACUCUUAAAAAUUGUGCCCAAAGUAUAAAAGUGUGGAAGUUUGGAACUUAGAAUAAUUUUAUUACAGUCUUCCAUUUCAUGGAAAAUAGCAUAUCUAAUAGUUAGGCUAUUUAAGAGAUCAGCUAAUCAUUUGUGUUGCAAAUGUUUAAUUGGCAAAAGCAACUCAUGUUAAAUAAAAUUAUUGCUUACCAUCAACUGGGUAAAAUGACUAUUAUUGAAAUAGUAUGAAUGUGGUCAGAGGAUUAUAGUUGAGUGAAAUAUAAUGUGUGAGUUGCACAUCUCUUGAGCUGUAUUUGUAGGUGUAGUGUCCUACACAGUUUUGUUCUUGAAAGUUUUCUUUGUAAUAUCUUAUUUUCUAGCCUUGAGACUCGGAGUCAGUAAAUGCAGUACAGAUAGCAAAAAUUCUACUACCUCUUCUUGACCCCUCUUUUAAAAUAUUCUCUAUGUCUGUCUUUGACAUAGUAAUCCCAAAGGAUUGUGUUACUCUCCUGUGAAAGUUACACACGUUUCCUUUAAAAAUGGUUUUAUAAUAAAACUUUGUUUAUAACCUC